UGGCUCAUCACUGCAACGACUCGAACGACGGCGCCAAGACACAAGAAUGCAAAGUUUCUUCUACGCCGUCCUGCUCCUGCCAGUCUUCCUCACCAUCGAAAGCACGCGACUGGCAUUCUGGGCAUCGCUCGUCUCCUCGUCGCCACCGCCGUCCUUCGUGCCCUCACCGCUCGUCCUCUUCCUCCACGCAGUAUGGGGAACAGUCGUGUGGGUCGUGUGGAUGCUCAUGGCAUGGGUACUGUGGGUACCCGUCAGAGCCAUCCUGUGGAUAUGGGGAAUAGGAAGGGACGGCGCAUAUAAGCGAGCCUCUGCAGCGGCAACUGCUAGAUGGUACGAUGCAAAACGUCAGCGCGCAAGAGAAGACGCGUCUUUCUCUGCCUCUGCGUCUCCGUUGAAAUCCAAUAAGCUAUCUUGGUAUAUAUACUGAUACCGGAUAUACGUGCAUUGUGUGUAUCACCAUGAAGGUAUAUCUUCGUUGAUUUCUGAGUCAUAUCUUGUUGUACCCUCGCCACGAGCGAGGCCGUGUUGUUGUCUGUAAUCUUGUUCGUGUUCUGUUAUUGUCGUUGCAUAGAAGGCUUGUAUACCGUGUCGUUUGGGGUGUCGAGUACAGCGCGAUGCCCGAAGAACUCAAGAGAGGGGGAA